GUCAACAAGAACCUGGCCAGCAUGACCUGACGCAUAUUGACGCAAUCUGACUACAAGUCCUACGACCGACAUGUCCUACGCGAUAGAAACCAAGAAGCGCAAGUUCGAUCGAAUUCUAGAAGCAAUAAAUGACGGGGCAGCAUCUCCCUCACGAACCUCGCUCAACUCACGCAACAAUGGAUCAACAACAACCCUUUCGAAAGCUACCGACUCAGACUCUUCCAAGCGACUCCGCGUAGCUACCAGUACCAAACCUAUUGUCUCUAUCCCCUCGACGACCUCGCUCAGUGGACACUUCCUCCCAUCCAGCCGCACAGCCUUUCUUCAGCGGCUCGAAACAUUCCGGCAUGUGACACAGUGGCAUAUACCUUCAACAGAACCCAUAAAUGCUGUUGUGUGGGCGAAGAGGGGGUGGACAUGUGUAGACACCGAUACUGUCUCGUGUGGUGCAUGCAAGGAGAGAUUACAUGUUGAUUUAGACACGGAUGACUUCCAGGGUAGCAAGGAUGACGAAGAGGACAAAGCGGCCGAAGAGGAGGACAGCUUUGCUAUGACUACAGACCUACACGAUAACAUGGUCAAGCGAUAUCAGGGUAUGAUUGUUACCGCACAUGCCGAGAGUUGUCUCUGGCGGAAACGUGGAUGCGACUCGUCCAUCCAACGCAUCGAGGGCUUAUUGAACACGAGUAUGGCCGUUGCAGGAUUACGAACACGUUACGACAGUAUAAUGACGAGAGCGGAGGAAGUUCCUGACGUGGCACCUCUUCCUGCGACCGUCUUUGAGGGCACUGGCGAACUCGAGCAGUUCCGUUUCAUUGAAAACGAAAAGUCCAACCUCAAUGUGUUACGGCUCGCGGUGUGUGGGUGGGAAAGAAAAUGUGACGACGUUGUUGAAUGCCAUCAUUGCUUCAGGUCCCUCGGGCUGUGGUUGUACCGUGGUGAAACUCCUAUCAUGGAAAGUUUGGACGCUGUCGACGAUCAUCUUGACUAUUGCCCGUGGCGGUCGGCCACGGCUCAAGACACAGAGGUUGUCAUUGGCGGACGGAAAAGCGAUAAUGAGUCUGCGCCGAAAUCGCAGCGAGUGCCUGGCUGGGCUUUGGUGUACCAGGCGGUACUGAAGGACAGCAUCAAAAGAAAAGGACAACGACCCACGACCUCCGCAUCGACGUCCGAGUCAGAAGUGCUCAGCACGAUGAGCACCAAUGAGCCGUUGACACCGGAACAACGAGAAAGGAAAAUGAGGGAUUUAUUGCGUAGAAUCAAGGAGAUCAAGAAGCCAUUCAACGUGAAGGCGUUGCUGAAGCGCAAGGACAAAAAUGCAGCUUGACAUGGCUAGCCAGGUAUCACCCAUUGAUGCAAUCCCACAUCCGAUGCCUUCAAAGGGGGUUUGGCCGUCUUGCAUGUGGUAUAUCGUCUAGCCCGGUUCCGAGGCAGCUGUGGGAUAUUGUUACGGGAAAGCUCCCGGAUAGUGAUUAUGGCCCGUGGAGAGAAUCCGGUCGCAAGCCCGGCGAAAACAAUGGCCUUGUGUUG